GUCCAUGUCAGGAGGAUGUCUGCUUGCCUUGCAACAGAAGACAUCCCAGGAAGCACAAAGCAAGACCUCAGUAGCAUGAUAGCUCAAGGCAUCUCGGGGCUCAUGCGACCCUUGUUAAGUGGACUGAAAGUGAGUAAAACUCACUUUGUUUAUUUCUGUGAGGUGACUGAGCAGAAUUGCUUACAAUCAAAGCAGAUGUCAAGAAGAGGCUUCAGCUCCACAUGCAAACUCCAGGGUUCUCCUGGGGAAUCGAGCUCUGCAGAUUCAGUGACAGUGCAUUUUAUAAAUCGGGAUGGAGAGCGACUCACAACCACGGCCAAAGAAGGGGAGAGUCUGCUGGAAGUGGUAGUCAACCAAAACUUGGCCAUUGAUGGAUUUGGUGCGUGUGAAGGGACAUUGGCUUGCUCCACCUGCCACCUCAUCUUUGAGAAAGAUACCUUUCAAAAGCUGGAUGCCAUCUCAGAUGAAGAGAUGGAUAUGCUGGACUUGGCAUAUGGACUCACUGAGACAUCUCGCCUUGGAUGCCAGGUGCGCAUUAAGAAGUUGAUGGAUGGUCUGACAGUGCAGGUCCCUGUGGAAGUAUCAGAUAUUAGGAGUCAGCUGGAGGUUGGAAAGCAAAGCAAACAGUAACCGGAAACAGCUCCUGCACAACCCGCUUCCUUAGGUGUGCAGGGACACUUGGCUUUAUGUUAACACCAGUACUCUGCAGCUGGUUUACAGUAGACAGUAGAAGUCUGGUUUAGUAUGUAUGACUGUUCAGCAAAUCUCUUAUUUAGACAAAGCUUAAUGCUAGGAUUUUCAACAUAAGUUUUAAAUAAAUGCUGAAGUGCUCUCCUGAGCACAACUGGAUGAAAACAUGUGGCUUUACAAUUCCCUGGGUGGGUGGCAGUAAACAUCUGUGCUGUGUGUAACUCAUCUCCUUUUAAAUUUAAGUAUUCCACUAUUCUCUGUGGCUACUGGGAAUUCUGUGAUGUUCUGUUACUUAACUGCAGAGCAGAUUUUUCCCAAUUUGGGAAGCUUGAGAAGAGAUAGCUGUUCCAAAUGCAAGAUUGUGCUACUUGGCUUGAUGACAUCGACAAGCUUAGUCUGCUUAGCAGGAACAUUUGAAUGCAUGUCACUGAAUUGUUAUGUGCCAUGAUAUGCUAAUUUCUCUAAAUAUCACAUUUUCUCAUCAAUGUACUGCAGUGUACAUAAAAUAAAAUCCUAAUAAUCAGGCUUUUA